UAUCACAAGCUUUAAUCCCACUCUCCAUUCUCCCACAUCACCAAAACCACCUCUUCAGCAAGGAAAAGAUGAAGACUGGAGAGACAUGCUAUUUGCUGGUACUUUCUUGUGUUCUCAUUGGAUGGUUGGACGCGACUGAUGCCACUAGAAUAGACCUUCCCACAGAAGUGAAGCCAGGCCACUGCCCCAAAAAGCUGCAGGUGACGCCUUCGAAAAGAGUGUGCAGCAAUGACCACGAAUGUCCCAGCAAUGACAAGUGCUGCGUCUUCAGCUGCGGUGCUGUAUGUGUACCUCCAGCCUUUACCAAACCUGGCGUUUGUCCGAGACGGAAAACUGGAAUGGGGACAUGUGCCGAAUACUGUGCCAAUGACAGUGACUGCCCUGGUGUUGAAAAAUGCUGCAGCAAUGGCUGUGGUCAUGAGUGUGUGAAACCUUACAUAGUGAAACCAGGUCGCUGCCAGCUCCCCAAGACCACCCACAUGUGUGCAGAGUUCUGCUACCAUGAUGGCGACUGUCCAGAGGAACAGAAGUGCUGUCGCACCACCUGUGGCUCAGCCUGCAGUGAUCCCUGCUAAGCACAGUCCAAGAAAUCAUCAGCUGGUAGCCACAGACGGCUUUGACCAGUAUAGCUGCUGCUUUUGGAAAGGGGUCAGCUUUCAAACUAAUAAAGUGUAAUGUAGCAAUCA